AUGAAAAAGUCCGUAGAGAAAUUAUCUUCUGAUAAAUCGUCUUCCAUAACGGAAUCGUUAUUUUCAUUCAAACGUUAUUUUAUAAAUAAUUUAGAUUCGUAUCAUGGUGAAUAUGUAUUGAGAGAAGUUUCAAAAGUGUUGCAAAAAAACGCCGAGUCCACGCAGCAGUCAUCAGCUAUAGCGGUUGGUGAAGAUGUUGACUUUUUGCCACAGGUUGUACCUGAACAACCAUAUGAGAUAAUAGGUACCGUUGUUGAUCCAAAGGUCAAGAUUUUAGAUAACGUGGCUCGCAUAGUUCCUAAAUCAGAAUGUCUAUCACAAAUGCUGACUUGCGGCACUGUCGUUUUAGAUAUCAGUUAUGACAGAGAAGAAACAGCGAUCGCCACGGAUUACUUACAACUAUUAAAAGAACUGCUAGAGAAACAAAUCCCAGUCAAUGCGACGGAUGCCGACAAUGAUGAUGGUGGGGGUGAAUCUAAAAAGCGUUAUCUGAUUCUAAUAUCGACGUUAAUGACCUGGGCCGUUACCAAACCAUUAGACCCGGAUGCUCCAGAAAUGCCAUUCAUAGAAUCCGAUUUUCGAAAGAGGAAAUAUCAUCCGAAUUACAAGAUUUUCUACGAUAUAGAAAAUGAAGUUAUCGGGAUUGCUAGAAAAUAUAAAUCACAGAUCGGCGCCAUUGUUGUCGGUUGCGGUGUUACAUAUGGUGGACGAGAGGACGUUUUAUUCUACUGGUUUCAAAAAGCUUGGGAAUGCGAGCAUCUUCUGCCUCUACUAGGCCGUGGUAGUAACGUUAUACCUCUCAUAAACGUUCAGGAUUUGGCUCAAAUAGUUUAUAAUUUGAUAUCGGAUUUUCCUAAAAAGCUUUACAUACUCGCAGUGGAACAGAACGUCACUAAACAGAGAGAGAUAAUAAAACCUUUGGGACGAAUAGUAGGUUCUGGAAUGUUUAAAUGCAUACCUGCAGAAGAUGCUUUUCUUAUACCAGAAGUCGAUCAAAGGAUUUUUGAUUUGAUGACUCUCAAUUUGAAUAUGGAGCCGACUUUCAUAGUCGAAACAAUGGGUCUCCAAUGGACGUCCGAAUUGACGUUUGCAGAAAACGUACCAGCGCUUAUAAAACAAUUUAAGAAAGAGAGAGGUUUAAAGUCUUUUAAGGUAGUUGUGUACGGUCCGCCAAUUGUAGGCAAAACGACGCUGUCGAAAUUAAUUUGCGAAGCGUACGGCCUCGUUUACAUAUCACCCGAAACUGUUGUACAGGAUUUGAUGGAGGAUUUGACGUGGAGAGUGAAUCAUUGGGAAGUUGGCGAGACAGCAGCUCUGCCACACACAACGGGCGAAGAAGAUCAGUCUGUGGCAGCUGAUUCUGAAGACAACGGCGAAGAAGAAGGUUUACAGGAAACGACGAAACAAACAUUAGCUGUAUUACAAUCGGGACGAUCGUUUAAUGAUGACGAAAUAUUGACAUACUUACGUCAAAGACUCCUGAGCCGAGAAGCUUUGAACAGAGGAUGGGUUCUCGAUGGUUUUCCAACAAAUUUAUCUCAAUGUUCAGUUUUGUUUGAUAAAGGGGAUGAAGCUGAUUCUGAUACCGGCGAAGAAAAUGAAGAGGAACCGUUUGAUGAAGAUGUUGAUUUAUAUACGAAUGUACUGAAGAAGAUCUUACCUGAUAUUGUUGUAUCAUUGGAGGCAACAGAUGACUUUAUAUGUGAGAAGGCGAUGCGACAACCAGAAGGUGAUACACGACUGGGUGAAGAGGCUGUACUGAAACGACUUGGAGAGUUCAGAGCCGGGGACGCGCGUGACGUCACACCGUUGAACUUCUUUGACGAAUUAGAUAUACAUCCUUUGAUCGUCCCAGUGAAAGAGCAUUCAGAUUAUUGUAUGAAAAACACUUACGCGGCCGUCGCGUUGAGAAUGGGAAGGCCGUGUCGUUAUGGGAAACUUAUUGCACAAAUUGAAGCGGCCGAAAGAAAAGAGAAGAAAGAUUUGGACACGCUCAGGGCUAAAGAAGCGCUGGUUAUGGCAGAAUUGGAGAAAAAGAUGAAGGAGGAACGUGAAGAAAAAAUGGAAUAUUGGUCGGAGUUAUACGCCCUCAUGCGUGAGGAAGAGGAAGCGGCUCUGGCAGUGGCCGGAGAGCCUGUGAGAAACUAUCUCGUAACUCACAUAUUCCCCACACUCACCACCGCUCUAUUAGAAGUUGCUAAAGUACGACCCGACGAUCCUAUAGAUUUCCUGGCUGAAUAUUUAUUCAAAUUAAACCCAAGCGGCAAAAUGCUUGAACCUGGAUACAAUCUGCAAGCGGAAAAACUAUUGGGAAAAAUCAAAAUACUCGAUGAAGCUUUGAAGGACCUUGACAUACACAUAGAGCCUUUAAUGCCCCCCGAGGAUGAUGAAGAGUCUACAUCCAAAAAGGGCAUCAACAUAAUGAUAGAACAAUAG